AUGCAUUGCCAGAACGUUCAGGUAGAACGUGCUCAACAAUUGGGACAUGUCCCGUGAGUUUGUCAGUAUCACAGAAACAUUUUGACUGCUAAGAAUAAGAAACGUGUCUAUAUCUGAUCUAUAUAGUGCGUAUUAUUUGCAUCUGAGAUACCAGAAGAGACAGAAAAAAGGAAUAAAGAAUAUACUUGGAAUUUAUAAAGACAUUAAGAGAGUCAGAAAUACUGUUUAUUAAUUUACUGAAAGUUAGAAAAUAUUAUCUGCUUGCAUGCCCCUAAAAAUCAAAAUGGAAUAGAAAUGUGGUUGUUGCUGCAGCAUCAUGACAAAGGAGGAUCAAUGGUGGUAACUGUGAGAAGACAAACAGAAUUGCUACGAUGGUAUCAAGUAGAAGACAGACAAAAUUCUGACAAAAGAAUAUGAAUUGGACAAAGCGUUCAUUAUAUCUCAAUAGAAUGUUUUACAGGAGAGAGUUGGUUAAGUAGAUUUAUCUGAUAAAGAUACAUGUAAACAACAGAAUAAAUAAGCAUUUUCAUUUAAUUAUAACAGUAAAAAAAUGAAAUAAUUUCCUAAAAGUAAAAGAAGUGACAAUAUUAUGAUAACUGUAUUGUUAUAUUCUUUCUACAACAUGAAUAAUUGUAAGGACUUCCCCCUGCUGGAGAAACACAAAAGGAAAGUGACAGGAAAUAGUUUUGGGGAAAUCUAGUUAUUUUAAUGUAAUUUUACUUUUGAAACAUCUUAACAUGCUCUUAGAAUAUAAAUGAUAAAACUUGGAGAUGGAGCUAAAAGCACAGAAUAUACACUCUAAGCUCAGACUCUACAAAGCUCAAAGAAGAUCAGCUAAACAGGUAUGAAUCUCCUCCACUCUGUGAGACUUUCUUUACAUGACUGGAUUCUGUUUUGUUAAUAAUGUUAUUGUUUUUUUUGUUUGUUUGUUUUUAGUGACAAUGACUUGUGUAGUUUUAAAGACCUUCCUCAUCUUGUCAAGUCUGGUCUCCCUCAUCUAUUCCCAAAACUGCAAAUGGCUCCGUCCUCAACAGGAGAAUUUGAACAAGGGGAUCCUCCAAAGCUUCAACCAGAUGGUAGGUUUCUGGUUUUCUUCUCACUUCUCCUAACAUGGUAAGCUGUUUGCAAAAGAUAAAAUAAAACAAGGCGGAUGCUUUUUACCAUUUAUUUUUAUUCAUCAUUUUCAGAGACCUCUUGGGACAUCUUCUGGAACUUGUCCACAAAAUACCACAAUGGGCUAAGAUUCCGCAGGAAUGCUAGCAAAAGCUGGUGUCUAGCUAUGCAAAUCAUUUGCCGCAGGUCAUAACAGAAAAACGGUGCUCUACUAAGUACCAAAGUUUAGAAUAACAGAUAUCAGGAGAUGCAGGAUCAAGCCGCGUCAAAACCAAAUAAGACUGAACAAUAGGAACACAGUGUCGAGUAUACAGUAACCAUGAAAGGACAAUAAGUACAUAGGAAUAACGUCAAACAUGCAUUGCCAGAACGUUCAGGUAGAACGUGCUCAACAAUUGGGACAUGUCCCGUGAGUUUGUCAUUCAAUAUUGUAGAACACAAAAUAACAUUGAAAGGCAGAAUUCAGUGUCAAAAUCGUAGUAUCAAUGACACACAGAACACAGAAAAAAUAAAAAUCACAAACGUAUGAAGAACAGUACAUAUAAGUAGUCUUGAUUCUAAUGAAAAAUAUAAUCUGCCAAAAAUAUAUAAUUAAAAUAAUAAUACUUUUACUAAGGGCAUAUUAUUUUGAAAUACUGUAACUCCCUUUCCCGAUUCAAACACCGCCAAGAGUUUGAGACAACAGCAGGGGAAUAUAUAGUAUGUCACUUACUCACAACAAAUGGCAAUGACGUGAUACAUUCUUUAGGUUGGCCGAGUUAAACACUGUGCCGAUAGAAAGGUGCGAUGCAUGUGAAAACAGGGUGAGAACUGCCACUAGAAGCAAGAAAUGAUUAGGGAGAACAGAAGAGAAAAAGUACAAAUAAACAAGCCAAAGUCUUGGAUAAUGGAAGUCAUGAGAGUAGGGAACAAGCCAGGUCAAAUCCAAGACUAAUGUUAAAAAUGUAUUGCCACAACGUUUAGGUAGAAUGGUGCUCAACGGACAUUGAGUGACAGGCCCAAUGAGUUUGACGUUCAGUAUUAUGGGACACUAAAUAAUGCUGAAGGGCAGAGUUUAGAGUCAAAUUGUAGCAUCAAUGAGACGCAGAAUCAGGGCCGGGGGAAGGAUUUUUGCCGCCCUAGGCAAAAGUAAAGUUUGCCGCCCCCCAAUUUGACAUCACAAUGCCCCACCCAUAUGAUCUGCCAUGUUAACUAACGCCAGUACUGCAGUGCUGCCGUGUUGACAUUAAAAGGCCUGCAGGGACAGGCUAUAGACACCAGAACCACUACACCAGCUGCAGUGGUUCUGGGGAUUAUAGUGUUUCUUUAAUGUGAGGUAAAUUAGAGCUUAGGGCCACGAAUAAUAUACUAGAUUGUGUACUUACAACCAGAUGAGGAUGAUGAUGGGCACUAGCUGCGGUCUGGCUCCACUGGUCUGGUGCAGAACAGGCUCUCUUGAGGCGGUUUGUAACAGUGGUCACAAAAAUCAAUGUUCUGGGAGAACGGGAAGCAGCUCCAUUUUUUUGGGGCCCUUUACACAGCUCAAGGUCUGGGUCCCAGGGUCCACCUUCAUGUUCCACCAAUGAGUUUGUUCACAGGGGGUGGAGUGUGUAGGGGAUGUCCUGAUUUGUGUGUAAGGAAUGCAUUGUGUGAAUCUGUGUUUCUAUGUGUAAGGACUGCAAGGUGUGUUUCUGUGUAUGUACGGGAUGCAGUGUGUGCGUCUGUAAGGGAUGCAUUGAGUGUGUGUAAGGGGUGCAUUGAGUGUGUGUAAGGAAAGCGUUGUGUGUAAGGGUUGCAUUGCUUGUGUGUGUGUGUCUGUGUGUGUAAUGCAUUGUGUGUUUUUCUGUGUUCAAUGGGUGCAUUGUCUUUGUGUAAGGGGUGCAUUGUGUGAUUGUGUGUGUGUGUGAUGGAUGUCAAUCUCUCUCCCCUCUCUUGUCACUCUCUUCUCCCCCCUCUCCCUCCCUUGUCCCUCUCUUCUCCCCUCCCCCUCUCUUCUCCCCUCCCCAGUCUCAUUCCCCCCUGUCAAUCUCCCCCCCUGUCAAUUUCUUUCUCACCCCCAUCAAUUUCUUUCUCCCCCCAGUCAAUUUCUUUCUCCCCUCCCCCUGUCAAUUUCUUUCUCCCCUCCCCCUGUCAAUUUUCUUCUUUCUCCCCUCCAUCAAUUUCUUUCUCAUCAAUUUCUUUCUCCCCCCAGUCAAUUUCUUUUCUCCCCAUCAAUUUCUCCCCUGUCAAUUUCUUACUCCCCCUCCAUCAAUUUCUUUCUCCCCAAGUCUAUUUCUUUUCCCCUGUCCAAUUUCUUUCUCCCCAUCAAUUUCUUUCUCCCCUGUCAAUUUCUUUCUCCCCCCCUCCUGUCAAUUUCUUUCUCCCUCCCCGGUCAAUUUCUUUCUCCCCCCCGGCAAUUUCUUUCUUCCCCCCUGUCAAUUUCUUUCUCCCCCCUCUCCUACCUCUGUUGUAGCGUGGCCGAGCCCUCUAUGGUCCGCGGGUACAGGGAGCUUUUGUUUCCUAUACCCGGCCGGUCUAAAAGGAAGUGCACACUCAGUGUUAGCCCGGCCAGGUACAGGAGACAGAUGCUCCCUGUACCCGCGGACCAUACAGAGCUCGGCCACACUACAGUGAGGGAGUGACAGGAGGGAGCCCCUCUCCUCAUGCUGCGCCCGGGCGGUGCGCCCUCAUGGACGCACCAGCCAGGUCAAAGCUGCAGCUGCCUGAGGCUCUCUACAGAGCGCUCGGGCUGCUGCAGCAUGAGUAGGGCCAGUGCUCCUGGGGGCGCCCCUUCCCAAGGGGCGCCCUAGGCGGCUGCCUAGUCAGCCUAACAGGUAGCACCGGCCCUGCGCAGAACACAGGUGGUGCUUUGUAGGAGAAGUAGCUAACAUUGCACAGAAGGAGUGUGGGGGGAAGAACUGAAAGUUUUCAUGAAGAAAAAAUAAAGAUGUAGAAUAAACAAACAUAGGAAGAACAUUACAUGUAUGUAGUCUUGAUUCCAAUGGAAUAUAUGAUUUGGCUAAAAUAUAAAAUUAAAACAAUUAUAAAAGGUUUCAUGGAGAAAAAAUAAAGAUGUAGAAUUUAGUAUGAAAUACAUGAUGAAGGUAAUAAAAAAUAAAUUUACAAACAUAGGAAGAACAUUACGUGUAAGUAGUCUUGAUUCCAAUGGAAUAUAUGAAUGGGCUAAAUUAUAAAAUUAAAACAAUUAUAUUCAUACUAAGGGCAGUUCAUCACAGAAACAUUUUGACUGCUAAGAAUAAGAAACGUGUCUAUAUCUGAUCUAUAUAGUGCGUAUUAUUUGCAUCUGAGAUACCAGAAGAGACAGAAAGAAGGAAUAAAGAAUAUACUUGGAAUUUAUAAAGACAUUAAGAGAGUCAGAAAUACUGUUUAUUAAUUUACUGAAAGUUAGAAAAUAUUAUCUGCUUGCAUGCCCCUAAAAAUCAAAAUGGAAUAGAAAUGUGGUUGUUGCUGCAGCAUCAUGACAAAGGAGGAUCAAUGGUGGUAACUGUGAGAAGACAAACAGAAUUGCUACAAUGGUAUCAAGUAGAAGACAGACAAAAUUGUGACAAAAGAAUAUGAAUUGGACAAAGCGUUCAUUAUAUCUCAAUAGAAUGUUUUACAGGAGAGAGUUGGUUAAGUAGAUUUAUCUGAUAAAGAUACAUGUAAACAACAGAAUAAAUAAGCAUUUUCAUUUAAUUAUAACAGUAAAAAAAUGAAAUAAUUUCCUAAAAGUAAAAGAAGUGACAAUAUUAUGAUAACUGUAUUGUUAUAUUCUUUCUACAACAUGAAUAAUUGUAAGGACUUCCCCCUGCUGGAGAAACACAAAAGGAAAGUGACAGGAAAUAGUUUUGGGGAAAUCUAGUUAUUUUAAUGUAAUUUUACUUUUGAAACAUCUUAACAUGCUCUUAGAAUAUAAAUGAUAAAACUUGGAGAUGGAGCUAAAAGCACAGAAUAUACACUCUAAGCUCAGACUCUACAAAGCUCAAAGAAGAUCAGCUAAACAGGUAUGAAUCUCCUCCACUCUGUGAGACUUUCUUUACAUGACUGGAUUCUGUUUUGUUAAUAAUGUUAUUGUUUUUUUUGUUUGUUUGUUUUUAGUGACAAUGACUUGUGUAGUUUUAAAGACCUUCCUCAUCUUGUCAAGUCUGGUCUCCCUCAUCUAUUCCCAAAACUGCAAAUGGCUCCGUCCUCAACAGGAGAAUUUGAACAAGGAGAUCUUCCAAAGCUUCAACCAGAUGGUAGGUUUCUGGUUUUCUUCUCACUUCUCCUAACAUGGUAAGCUGUUUGCAAAAGAUAAAAUAAAACAGGACAGAUGCUUUUUACCAUUUAUUUUUCUUCAUCAUUUUCAGAGACCUCUUGGGACAUCUUCUGGAACUUGUCCACAAAAUACCAUAAUGGUUCCUAAUAUUGAUGAUCUCUACAACAUCUCACAGGUAACUUCAUCUUUAUUUGUAAGGAAGGUCAUUUUUGAGGGAUUUCGAAAACUAGAAAUUUUCCAUCUACUAUCUGCAGCUUGAUAAUGGUAACAGACAGACUUACACCUAUUCUAUUUCUCAGGUUGAAGAAGCUGCUAUCGCUGCUCAUGAUGUUACAAACCAAACAAUCAGGUUCUAUAAAAGAAACCAUCAGAAACUCCAGUGCGAUGAGAAGGCCUGGGAAAGAAUGGAGAAGCUACUCGAUUACCAGCAAAAUUUGCUGGAUGAUUGUGUAAGUGCCAUACUCAUGUAUUGAUAUUUUCAGGAUAACAUUAGAAGAUGAUUGUAAUAAAAAUUCUUUAUGUGGUUUUUCAGAUCCCAGAAAGUGCAGAGAAUCCUAAGUUUCAACAAAACAUGUCAGAAUAUUUCAUUUUAUUACAGAAGAUUGUGAAUGAAGAGGUAAGUAAUAUUUCUCUACAGUGUUACCCAGCAUAUCUUCUUCACAUUCAGGAUGUUUGAAAGCAUUAUAGGGAUAUAAAACUGACAAAACAGAAUCUUGUGAAAAUAUUUACAGAGUAUAAAACAUUCUACUGUCUCUUUAUCUUAUAGAUAAUAUCUGUUAUUUCUCUUGUUUGACAUUUAUGGACUUCUUCUCCAUGUCCUAUCCUCCCCUGACUGCAUUGAAGUUAAUGUACACUUUCCUUUGUCAAUUCCGGUAGGUGGAUACAUGUGCUCGUACCGUUGUUCAAGUAAACAUCAAGAGGAAUUUACAACUGGCUGCCCUACUAUCCUCUCGAAUGAGAAGAAAGCAUCUCCUGAAAAACAUCCCUAUGCUCUAA